UUACCACAGGUGAAGAAACCGAGCAAAUUUUCAGCUAUAUGUCGCGGUACAACAGUACCACCAAAAACAUGUUGAAAGCCGAGCGUGAAGAAGAACUUAGUGAAUCUUCAUUUUUUUGGAACCAACGUAAACAUGACUCUUUAGCUCGUGUUCUAGCUUCAAGAUUUUGUAAGGCAAAAGAAGCUGCAGAGUUAAUAAGAAAGGAGUUAGCUGACUUAUCUCUUGAUGAAAAACAACUUCUCAUCUGGAUUGCAGAGUUAACCAACUUAGCCCAGAGUUUAAAUAAAAGAUCAGUUUCUCAAAAUGAUGUUCAAAAGGGGAUAGAGUUAGUAUGUGACUCAAUUAGAACCAAGAAAUCCCACAUAUCCAGUGUAGCAGUUUCAAGCAAAAUGAGAUCACGAUACCGUGCAAAGAUUGAAGCAGACAAGAAAAAGUUGAGGGAACUGAUAGCGGUCAACAAUGAAGACAAUACAGAAAAACUUAGUGUGGACAUUGAUGAAGAGGGCAACUUUCCAUGGUAUAAUGACACUCCUCAACCAACUGAUAAUGUUACUCUUCAAGACAAGAGAAAUGCUGCAGAAAAGCUGCAUAUGUACAACAGGACUAUGGAAGAACAAAAUGUCAUUCAACUGGAAAUGAAAAGUUACUUGGAUUUCUACAGAAAAAAGCUUGAGAUAACACAAAGACUAGAUGAUGUACAAAACAAAAGUGCUCCACCCUCUUGGAUAAUUGAAGAACAGGGUAAAUACUCAAUAAAGAAGUCAUCAUUCCAGCAUGUAACCAGUGGACUUACGGCCCUCUUGCUAAAUAUGAAAAAAUUGUAUCAAAUUAAACUAUUUGAGGCAACUAACCUGUUUUCUGAAGACAGGGAAGUAGAGUACAACAAAUUUCAAACAGACAGUCAAGAUUCCGAGGAUUCCGAGACCGACAGUGACAACAGUGUAGUCAGUAUUGAGUCACAGACUGACAACGAAGAAAUGGAAGAAACACUCUUCCCUUUGAUUUGAGUAGCUUUAAGUAGCAAAGCAAAGAGAAAAUAACAAGUAUUCUCUACCCCUGGGUUGGCAAAUGUUCUUUGCCCAAAUCAUCGUCAUGUUAAUUUUGCAUCCCUAUGUUGCUCAAGAAAGAUUUGUUUUCAAAUUAGUUUUUAUUUUUAUUAAUUACCCUCAAAGUUUUGUUUAGUUUAGAAAUGCUUAUUAAAUAAAUUGUAGUUGUAGU